UCAUCGGGCGGAGGCGGGAGCGGAGGCUGCGUCCGAGACGCUGGGCUGAGCCAGAGUCUGGGGAAGGCAGAGCGGAGCAAAACAAAGUAGGAUGAGUGGGAAAGAGCCGCUCUUGGGCGCUCUGAAAGUGUGCAUUCUCAACUUUCAGGAAAGCAAUAGUCCUUACACAGAUACCUGUCCUCAUUUACAAUCCUUUUGUGAGAUCCUGGAAAUGAUUCUUCGGAAAGGAUUAAAACAGCCAGUCCUGGGAUUCAAGAGGAAGGACUAUUGGCACUGGCUAGAGCAGCUUCCACAGCAGGAGACCCACCACAGUAGAACCCUUCUAUCCAUGAUGAUUGAGAAAACGAAUUCUUGUGAGAAGGUGCUGACAGCUCAAGGAAGAGGACGGUACUUCCUGCGUCUGGCUUUGAAUGGGAAGUUAUUAGCAGUUGCUGUUCAGCAGCUCAUCAAAACUCCCAGGCUGCUUGAGUGUUAUGAUCCAAUAACAUCCAUCCUGAGCAAUGAAGAAUUUUCAGAGCCUUUCUUCUCCAUGAUGUUGGUGGUUACAGAAAUGAAUUUCUCCUUAGAUUUGCAGAAUUCCAGUUUCUUGGAUGAAAGCUGGCAACUUCCGGUGUGCCAGACUUAUGAAACUGUCCCCUGCCGAGAAUUGGGAAUGGUGCUGAGGUAUUUAAAUGGACGGAUUUUCAUAAUAGAAGUGCUUCCAAAGAGCCAGGCAGAAGUGGAUGAGGUAGUACUAGUUGGAGAUGUCAUUGAUGAGAUAAAUGGAUCUUCACUAAGGAAUGCAUGCAAUGGACAGGCUGGUUCAGUACUGCAGAAGCUGAAAGGCAAGCCACUAAGCUUUCGCCUAAUCCGGUGGAAAUGGCACGAUGGAGGAAUGUACAAGCCAUUGUUGCCCUAUCUAAAAGUUCUCAGAGAAAAAAUCCCCAGCUUCCAACUCCAGCAUGAGCACAAACCUAAAGAAGAGAAUGAGGAGCGAAGUUUGCAAGGAGGCAGACUCCUGUACAAUUUGCGGUACUUAGGCCAGGCCAAUGUAGGGAAGUAUGGAGGCAAAGAGAUACUAGACGUAGGCAUACCCAUGGUGUUAGAUAAGCAUUUACCACAGCAGGAAAUCUUAUUUGAUGUCAAAGAAACUGAAGUAAUUAUUCAACACAAAACAACUUCAAAGGUUCUUUUCCGUUAUUCUUAUACAGACAUUUCCUGCGUGGGACGCCGUCUGGAUAGCAAUAAUUUCUUUGCUUUUUGUAGCUUAGCUUCACCCGACUCUCCAGAAGAUAGCACUUUUGAUUGCCUAGUUUUUGAAUCAAAUUCUGAAGAGGAAAGUGAGGAAAUCAUCAAACGGAUUGCUGCUGGAUUUAAACAUACAGAGUGGUUUGUCUGACAGAUGUGAUGCUCUGCCGCUGGGCUUCUAUCUACUUUUGGAGCCUCAAUGGCCUGCUAAAGUUUAAUAUCAAUCAGUGAUAUCUUGAUGGGUCAACUCUUGGAUUAUGGAGUCGCUUGGCACAGAUUAAAAUUCUGUCCAGAUGUAAUUGUUCUAGAUAAAUGGAAAUGCUUUUUUCAAAUGUUUACAUUGUCAAUUUUCAAAAUGGAA